AAACGCUGUCAACAUGUGUCAAAAUGUUUGAUCGGCUUGACAAAAUUUCUCGUAAAUAAAUCCGCAAAAAUUUCACAGUUGUUUUACUAAAUCUUACGUGUAGAAUGUAGGCUUUCAAACACACAGAAAAAGAUGAAUAUUCAUGACUCCCCAAAACUCUCCAAUUCAAAAGAAACAAAAAUUGCUUUUGGGCGGAUGACGUCACGAAGUAAGAUGACUAAAGAUCUAAAACAUAUAACGCAUGAGGAAAAGAGAGAAGAAAAGACAAAACCUGUAAAAAUACCAAUUAUAUAUCUCAAGAAAAAUAACGCACAAAGCAGCGGGCAUCUUGAUAUAGCAGGUGAACCAGCGACAAGUAGAAAAGCAAAGACCGCAACAAAGAAGCUCGAAUUACCAAAACCAGAAAAGCAACCCAGCAGAAUACCAAGGCGGAACAUAAGUUUCAUAAAGAAGAAGCCAUCUAAGGAUAUUGACCGCGUUUUCCUGCAAAACCAAAAUGUUCAGAGAGUACAAAUAUUUAAUUCGCCAGGUUUAAGAGAUGUGGAUGCGCCGGUUUCUGUUACUGCGACGAGGCCAAUUCCAACAUUAGGAAUCAUUUAUGGAAACUCAAUAUUCAGCAGUGAUGUUUACAAUGAUUAUUUCCUAGGAUCAAUAGAACAACACCGUGACCAGUUUCGCCCACAAGAAGGUGAAAUUGCCAAUAAUGCAUCGAGUGUAAGAAGCAGUUCAUCAAAAUCUGAAGAUGUGAGCCAAAUUCAAAGGGAGCAAUCGAAAAACACUGUUAUAAUAAAGAAUUUUUUUAAAACAACAAAUGAAAAUGUUAAAGAAUGGCUUUCGUCUGAACUGGAAAAACCUACAAGAGAUAAUGAAUCAGUUUCAGGUUACCAUUCAGUUAACUCUCCAAGGAAUUGUACUGACUCACCCCAAACAAGCUCCAAAGAAUCCAAAGCAGAUAUAAUAAGAAAAUAUUCGAUGCUGUUUAAGAAACGCCGCGAGCCAAAGAAGUCUGUCUCAACAGCUGAUAUAUCUAAGAAAAGUAGUACUGCAAAUUCAGUCAAAUCAAAGACUACAAAAAAAACUGACAACCGGGAAGUAAAAACAAAGAAUCCUUUACCUAAGAUGAACACUGAUAUUAAACCUCUGAAGCCCUCGAAUGUUGGUUUUUACGCAACAUUCAAGUUUCCGUCAACACCGAAUCCAACUAAUAAAAGAGAACAUGGCACCAGUGCAGGCCCAAGUGUGCCUUCGUAUGUUGAAUGUGCCUCGGAGGUUCUGCAGAAAACCACCAAUUUCGAAACAGAAGGACGAGACACACCCAGCACAUUGAAUGGCAAAGAAAAUCUGCCGAACUCAAGCCAGGUGCUAGAUGUUUUAAGCGAGAUAACUGAUCAGUUGGACUGGAGAUUACCAAGUUCCCAAUGCAGUACUAUCUUCAAAACCUCCAAGGAAUCUGAGACGACUGUCAGUACUUGGCACGGUCAGAGGGAAUUAUCAAGUGAUUAUUCCGCCUUUAAAUAUCCAGAUAAUUGCAGCUAUCACGAAUAUUUCUACCAUUAUUGUUGGCGGAAGGAAGUGAUUGGACGUGACAAUGAUCGGCGAAACCUUCGUGACUCGUAUGGGAGAUGCAAAAAGUGCCAUAAGUAUAGGAAUUAUCCUACCAAGAGAGAUAAAAUUUCUAGAAGAUUAGUGAAAUUGAAAAACCGAAUUGCACUAAGCCGCGUCUGCAAACAUCGCUUAAAUCGAGUGUGGAAGAAAACUACGCAGAGAUUUUCCGAUUGGUCUAAGUCAACUAAGUAUACUAAAUUUCGAAUGUUGCAUUACCUACAACGGUAUCAUUUCGAUAAUGCCGACGUUCAAACGACAAUGCUUGUCUAUCAUGAAACAGGUACUGACGCACGGGCGAUGGCUCAGAAAUCAGCAGCAAUUACUACGGAAAAUGUCCAAGUAGCUACACGGAAUGAAUUAGUUGGAUCGAAUACUUCCACUGUACCUAAGAAUAAUCACGUGAAUGUUGGACCUUCUAUAUUUCCAAUGGUUGUCGAGAAACAAAAACCACAAAUGAUAUCUGAAGCAAUAUCGGUUCAAAAAUCAAAAUUUUCAACGGAACCUAAACUUCGGGGAAGUGAACUUAUGAAAAACUCUAAAUAUAUUGAAACUGAAGGGGCCUGCCUUAAAAGUACGUCUACAAAUUUAGAAUGUACAUUGAUUCAAAAAGUAGAUCAGUGUUCAGAUACAAUGUGUUUGCCGACAAGUACUGUCAGCGCACUGGUUUUUAAAAACGAAAUCCCGCGUCAAAUUUAUCCGCCGAAUAUGAUGAUCACAUGUCAUAAUGCAGCCACCGAAAUUACAUUUAAACCGACGAUAGAAGCUCCUCCAAUUAACUCAUCGAAUAUUUGCCAAUGUAAUCUGCCAAGAGCAAACAACUCUUCAAAUACAGCUGGAGAAAUAAAAUGCAGUCCGACGAAAGUGCCUCAGGCUUAUUGCGAUUGCAGCCUUUCAACAAAUACAGAUUUGAAAAAUACAUACAGCAAUAUAGGUACAGACAUGAUCAUAAAUACUCUACCAAUUUCUCCUACCGUUACCAUAAAGGCUGAGUCAAUGCUUCCCAGCGAUAACUCCAAAAGAAAUGAUUCCAUCCAGUUGAUCUCAAAUAAAGGUACAGACAUGAUCAUAAAUACUCUACCAAUUUCUCCUACCGUUACCAUAAAGGCUGAGUCAAUGCUUCCCAGUGAUAACUCCAAAAGAAAUGAUUCCAUCCAGUUAAUCUCAAAUAAAGGUACAGACAUGAUGAUAAACCCUCUACCGAUUUCUCCUACCGUUACCAUAAAAGCUGAAUCUAUGCUUCCGAGCGAAAACUCCAAAAGAAAUGAUUCCAUUCAGCUGAUCUCAAAUAAAGUUUCAGACAAAUCCAACUUAUUACGUGCAACAGCUACUUCUACUCAUUUCACUUUAAAGGACAAAAGUAAAAAUGAAUCAAAUGCGACGAUGGCAACACCAAAUUAUACAUCAAAUAUAAAAAUAUCUACGGGCACACUAACCACAGAAUCAAGCUUUCAAGAUACACCAAGUGUUAUUACUGAUACAUUAAUCCCUUGUAAACGUCUAGAGAAUAGAGGGUUGGCUAAACUAAAAACCCCUAAAGGAACAGUAUUGUCUUGUGCAGGAACGAAAAUAACUUCAGUGUCUUCAGUCAAUCUUCAAACCCGCUCCGCGUUCUGCAAACCAGCUAGUACUAUAAACACAGCAAUGACCACAAAUUUGGUUUCCACAAAAAAUACACAAUGCUUUACAGCGCCAUCUCUGUUCAGACGACGACAAAGGGAUACAUCUAUAGGUUUAGACGUGACAUGGGAGGAAAUGAAACACGACGGUUCGACUUCCACUAACGACAUUAGAGAUUUAAAAUGCGAUAUUGCGUUGUCCACGACAAAGUUGAUUGACACAGCGUCUUUCAAUUGCGGAGCCCAACUUUCUCAACGAAGUUUUAAUGAUGAUUUUCGCCCGACUACAUCAACGGUUUGCACCAAUACGGAAGUGGAAGUGACGGAACCUAUAGUGCUAUUGAACGCUUCUGUUUUAACAGAUCGAAGCAAAUAUACAACUGAAACGUGUGCACAAUACAGUAAUAAAGACAAGAAUGAUUCCUUAGAGUCCGAACGUAUAGGCCGCAGUCAACUGAUGUCUGUUCGUAUGCUUGGAGACUCUGUUUCCGAUAUGUCAACGCAAGCUCAACCCUUAUUAAUAGAUGCAGAGACCCGAACAAUGCCAAAGGGAAUAACUUCGGCCGCUGUUUUUACUUCACGCUUCGAAUUGGAUCGUAAUCCAAGAGAUUCUAAAGAAAACGCUAUAGUGAAAGAAGUUUUGGAAUCUGUCCAGUAG